AUGUCGGCCAUGGCGGACGCCGAGGCCCCCUUCCUGCAGCCCGCUGAAGACGACAAGGCGGCGCCGCUCGCCGGCGUCUCCGACUUCCGUGGCCGCCCCGUGCGCCGCGCCGGCUCCGGCGGCUGGCGCUCCGCCCUCUUCGUUUGUGGUACGUGCUCUCGCACGCUCUGUUCCCCUGUUCAUUCGUUAAGCAACCAUCUGCUUGAUCGAUUGCUCCUAUGGUCAAUCCGGCGGGCAGUGGUGGAGAUGGCCAGCAGCUUCGGCUACUUCGGCGUGUCGGCGAACCUCAUCACGUACCUGACGGGGCCGCUGGGCCACUCCAACGCCGCCGCGGCCGCCGCCGUCAACGCCUGGUCGGGGACGGCCUGCCUGAUGCCGCUGCUGGGCGCCUUCGUCGCCGACUCCUGGCUCGGCCGCUACCGCUCCAUCAUCGUCGCCUGCACCCUCUACGUCCUGGGAUAUGGCAUGAUGACUCUAGUGACCACGCUCCAGGCACAGCAGUCAUCGCCGGCCGGCGACAUUCAUUCCUCUUCCCGCCCUUCGUCGCUGCAGGUGGCCCUCUUCUACGCCUCGCUCUACCUCAUUCCUCUCGCACAGGGAGCCGACAAGCCAUGCGGCCUCGCCUUCGCCGCUGACCAGUUCGAUGCCGACCACCCCAAGGAGCGCGUCUCCCGCAGCUCCCUCUUCAACUGGUGGUACUUCUCGAUGGCCAUCGGCAUCUCCAUCGCCGUCGCUGUCGUCAGCUACAUCCAGGAGAACGUCGGCUGGGGGAUCGGCUUCGGCAUGCUCUGUGCCAUCAUGUUCUGUGCCUUUGCCGUCUUCCUCUCCGGCACCCCUACCUACCGCCUCUACGCGCCCAUCCCAGGCGCCGAGAGCCCCUUCGCCCGCCUCGGCCGCAGCCUUGUGGCGCUUGCAAGGAGCUCGAGCUUCUUCCGUACAAAAGGAUGCCAAGACGAGGAUGGCGCGGCCAAGUCGGAGGAGGCGCGUGGCGUGCUGUGA